AUGACAAGAAAGUCUCACUUGGGCGGAGAUAUGAGAAAACGACUCAUGAUCCACCAUCCCAAGGGUAUCUUCCUCCUCGCAUCGCAUACCAAGUUAGGAGAAAUAAUCUCUAGAGGCAAUACACGACUUGCAGCAGAUAUGCUCGCACCGAUACGUGCCCCCCUCGCCAAUCAUGACACAACUGCACCGCCCACCGACAUUCCACGUCUUGCCGCACCAGCAGCAGUCCCAGGCCUGGUUCUUGGCCUCAAAGGGGCAGUCAGCGAGUGGACACUUGGGCAGCGUGUAGCCCGACGGCGGAGGGUAUGGGACGGUCUGCUUGGUCGUGUUGCUGCAGGGGCGGCGGUGAGAGAGGCCGACUGGACAGUAACUUAUGUGCGUUGA